CUUCAACCACCAACACCUGCUAUCUCACUGCUGGCCAAUACGUCGCUCAGCAUGGCCUCCCUAGUCCCCUCCAUGCGGAGGCGACUCCCAGAGUUUCUCGCCCGCACAUCUUCACGACCUUUAUCAACCUCACUCCGCUCCCUGCGCCAGGGGCCCGGCGCCGGCGAGAACUUCCAACAAGCCAACGACCCCAACCCACGAUCACUCACACCCAAUGUCUCCAAGACCCACGAAACUCCCACCGACGCGAUGGGCAACCGAGAUGCUCCCUUGCAAGAGAUGGUACCCGAAGCCGAGAAACGCAGGACCCUACAAGCACCGAACAGAGCAAAGCCCUGGUCACGAAACCAAAUGCCCAGAGAGCUCGCAAUGACAGGACCGAGGUUUGAACAGACGAUUAUAGAGGCUCAGCCCGCACCGUUAGCCGCGAUCGAGCUUAUCCACAAACAACCUGUGCGAUGGGUGAACGAUAAACGAGUCGCUUGUGACGGCGGUGGCGGUCCGUUGGGACACCCGAAGAUCUACAUCAACGUAGACAAGCCGCAGGUGUGUUGGUGCACGUAUUGCGGCCUGCCUUAUGCCAAGACGGAACACAAGAAAUACCUUGAAUCGCUACCACAAACAUCUUACCCAUUGGCACCAACUGGCGAUCCGAUGGAGGUUGAAAUGCCAGCAACACCUAGCCAAAAAGGCGAGAUCCAGGGUCAAUAUCCGCAAAUGAGGGGUGAGCAUCUGGCCGAGUCUGUGGGCGACACGGCAUUCGAACAGAGAUGAUCAGGAUGUGAAGAGAAUUGUAUAUAUUGCGGAGUCAAUUCAUCAAGUCAAAUGCAAACGGACAUGCAUCUGGUCAUGAAUUUCUGCUUUCACCAUGUUGUAUUUGAUCUAUUAAUCAUCUACGGGGCCAACUAACGGGCUAAUGCUCAGAAGCCGAUAUCUACAGCAUUUC